CACUCUAUGGUCGGGCGGGCGGUGUGUUGUCAUCAGCCGAGCGACGGCGGCGGCGGCGGCGGCGGCCCCGGCGGGCGUUCGGUUUCGGUUUGGCCCUCAGUGGGGUUGUGUUGAAGUGGAGAUGGGAGUCCCCAAGUUUUACCGAUGGAUCUCGGAGCGGUACCCCUGCCUCAGCGAAGUGGUGAAAGAGCAUCAGAUACCUGAAUUUGACAACUUGUAUCUGGAUAUGAAUGGAAUUAUACAUCAGUGUUCCCAUCCUAAUGAUGAUGAUGUUCACUUCAGAAUUUCAGAUGAUAAAAUUUUUACUGAUAUUUUUCACUACUUGGAAGUGUUGUUUCGCAUUAUUAAACCUAGGAAAGUGUUUUUUAUGGCUGUUGAUGGUGUGGCUCCUCGAGCAAAAAUGAACCAGCAGCGUGGAAGGCGUUUUAGGUCAGCAAAGGAGGCAGAAGACAAAAUAAAAAAGGCAAUAGAAAAAGGAGAGACUCUUCCUACAGAGGCCAGGUUUGACUCCAACUGUAUUACACCAGGGACUGAAUUCAUGGCCAGGUUACAUGAACACCUGAAGUAUUUUGUAAAUAUGAAAAUUUCUACAGACAAGUCAUGGCAAGGAGUUACCAUCUAUUUCUCAGGCCAUGAGACUCCUGGAGAAGGAGAACAUAAAAUCAUGGAAUUUAUCAGAUCCGAGAAAGCAAAGCCAGAUCAUGAUCCAAACACCAGACACUGUCUUUAUGGUUUAGAUGCUGACUUGAUUAUGCUUGGAUUAACAAGCCAUGAGGCACAUUUUUCUCUUUUAAGAGAAGAGGUUCGGUUUGGUGGCAAAAAGACACAAAGGGUAUGCGCACCAGAAGAAACCACAUUUCACCUCCUACACUUGUCUUUGAUGAGAGAGUAUAUUGAUUAUGAGUUUUCAGUAUUAAAAGAUAAGAUCCCAUUUAAAUAUGAUAUUGAAAAGAUAAUAGAUGAUUGGAUUUUGAUGGGAUUUCUUGUUGGCAAUGAUUUUAUCCCCCAUCUACCUCAUUUACAUAUUAAUCAUGAUGCACUGCCUCUUCUUUAUGGAACAUAUAUUAUCAUCCUACCAGAACUUGGGGGUUAUAUUAAUGAAAAUGGGUAUCUCAACUUACCUCGAUUUGAGAAAUACCUUGUGAAAUUAUCAGAUUUUGAUCGGGAGCACUUCAGUGAAGUUUUUGUGGACCUAAAGUGGUUUGAAAGCAAAGUUGGUAACAAGUACCUCAAUGAAGCAGCAGGUGUUGCAGCAGAAGAAGCCAGGAACUACAAGGAAAAGAAAAAAUCAAAGGGCCAGGAAAACUCUAUAUGUUGGGCUGCAUUAGAUAAAAAUAGAGAAGAAGCUGUAACUUCUAAGGAUCAUUUGGAGGAUGAGACUGAAGAAGAUGACCUAUUUGAAACUGAGUUCAGACAAUAUAAAAGGACAUAUUACAUGACGAAGAUGGGAGUGGACAUAGUGUCUGAUGAUUUUCUGGCUGAUCAAGCUGCAUGUUAUAUUCAGGCAAUACAGUGGAUUUUGCACUAUUACUAUCAUGGAGUUCAGUCCUGGAGCUGGUAUUAUCCUUACCAUUAUGCACCUUUCCUGUCUGAUAUACGCAACAUCAGUACACUCAAAAUCCAUUUUGAACUAGGAAAACCUUUUAUGCCAUUCGAGCAACUUCUGGCUGUACUUCCAGCAGCUAGCAAAAAUUUACUUCCUACAUGCUACCAGCAUUUGAUGACCAGUGAGGACUCACCCAUUAUAGAAUAUUAUCCACCUGAUUUUAAAACUGACCUAAAUGGGAAACAACAGGAAUGGGAAGCUGUGGUACUAAUACCUUUUAUUGAUGAGAAGCGAUUGUUGGAAGCCAUGGAGACAUGUAAUCACUCCCUCAAAAAAGAAGAGAGGAAAAGAAACCAACAUAGUGAGUGCUUAAUGUGCUGGUAUGAUAGAGACACAGAGUUCACCUAUCCCUCUCCAUGGCCAGAGAAAUUCCCUGCCAUAGAACAAUGUCGUACAAGGUAUAAAGUAAUAUCAUUAGAUGCUUGGCAUGUAGACAUAAGCAAGAACAAAAUAACCAGGGUUGACCAGAAGGCUUUAUAUUUCUGUGGAUUUCCUACUCUGAAACACAUCAAACACAAAUUUUUUUUGAAGAAAAGCGGAGUUCAAGUAUUCCAGCAGAGCAGUCGUGGAGAAAACAUGAUGUUGGAAAUCUUAGUUAAUGCAGAAUCAGAUGAACUUAGUGUAGAAAAUGUAGCUUCAUUGGUGCUUGGAAAGUCUGUCUUUGUUAAUUGGCCUCAUCUUGAAGAAGCUAGAGUUGUUGGUAUAUCCGAUGGAGAAACCAAGUUUUACUUGGAAGAACCUCCAGGCAUACAGAAGCUUUAUCUGGGAAGAACUGCUCCACCAUCUAAAGUGGUUCAUCUUGGAGAAAAAGAACAAUCUAACUGGGCAAAAGAAGUACAAGGAAUUUCAGAAUACUACCUGAGAAGAAAAGGAAUAAUAAUAAAUGAAACAUCUGCAGUUGUAUAUGUUCAGUUACUCACAGGUCAUAGAUAUCAAAUAAAUCAAAAUGGUGAAGUUCGUCUAGAGAAACAGUGGUCAAAACAAGUUCUUCCUUUUGUUUAUCAAGCUGUUGUCAAGGACAUCCGAGCUUUUGAUUCCCGUUUCUCCAAUAUCAAAACUUUGGAUGACUUGUUUCCUCCUAGAAGUAUGGUCUUUAUGCUGGGAACUCCCUAUUAUGGCUGUGCUGGAGAAGUUCAGGAUUCAGGGGAUGUGAUUACAGAAGGUAGGAUUCGUGUGGUUUUCAGCAUUCCAUGUGAACCCAAUCUUGAUGCUUUAAUACAGAACCAACAUAAAUAUUCUAUAAAGUACAACCCAGGAUAUGUGUUGGCCAGUCGCCUUGGAGUGAGUGGAUACCUUGUUUCAAGGUUUACAGGAAGUAUUUUUAUUGGAAGAGGAUCUAGGAGAAACCCUCACGGAGACCAUAAAGCAAAUGUGGGUUUGAAUCUCAAGUUCAACAAGAAAAAUGAGGAGGUACCAGGAUAUACUAAGAAAGUUGGAAAUGAGUGGAUGUAUUCAUCUGCCACCGAACAACUUCUUGCAGAGUACAUAGAGAGAGCUCCAGAACUAUUUAGUUAUAUAGCCAAAAAUAGCCAAGAGGAUGUAUUCUAUGAAGAUGACAUUUGGCCUGGAGAAAAUGAGAAUGGUGCUGAGAAAGUUCAAGAAAUUAUUACUUGGCUAAAGGGACAUCCUGUCAGUACAUUGUCUCGUUCUUCAUGUGAUUUACAAAUUCUGGAUGCAGCUGUUGUUGAAAAAAUUGAGGAAGAAGUCGAAAAGUACAAGCAAAGAAAGAAUAAUAAGAAGGUACGGGUGACAGUGAAGCCCCAUUUGCUGUACAGACCUUUAGAACAGCAGCAUGGAGUCAUUCCUGAUCGGGAUGCAGAGUUCCGUCUCUUUGACCGGGUUGUGAAUGUGAGAGAGGACUUUUCAGUGCCAGUUGGUCUUCGGGGCACCGUCAUAGGAAUUAAAGGAGCUAAUAGAGAAGCUGAUGUCCUAUUUGAAGUUUUAUUUGAUGAAGAAUUUCCUGGAGGCUUAACAAUAAGGUGCUCACCUGGUAGGGGAUAUCGACUGCCAACAAGUGCCUUGGUGAACCUUUCUCAUGGGAGUCGCUCAGAAACUGGAAAUCAGAAGUUGACAGCCAUUGUGAAACCACAACCAGCUGUGAAUCACUAUAGCUUGAAUUCGUCAGUUUCAUCUGGUCAUUUGGGAGGCCUGAACCAUUCCCCUCAAUCUCUUUUUGUUUCUACGCAAGUAAAGACUCUUUCUGUACCUACUAAAGAUGAUGAUGAAUUUUGCAACAUUUGGCAGUCCUUACAGGGAUCCAGAAAGGUUCAGCACUUUCAGCCAACUCUACAAGAGAAGGGUGCAGUUCUACCUCAAGAAGUAACUCAACAUCAUAAAUCUGACUUAAAUGACAACAGUGUUAAAUGUCAGCAAAGAAAACAUGAGCCUCACAGAAAAUUUAAGGAAGAAUCUAGGAGCCCUAAAACUGAGAGUUGGUCACAAAAAAUGUCAAAUAAUCAGACAUUUGGACGGCCUGGCAAAUGUAAUAAUACUAAGCUACUGAAGAGAAAUGAAAGUACGGAAGUCUCAGAAAACCAAAAGGUUAGGACUGGUUAUCCAAAAACUGUUGAUAAGCCUAACACUGGAUUUGAGGACUUUCUAGCAUCCUUGAAUAUCUCCAGAGAAAAGGAAGCACAGUCAUCUCCUCACGAAGAGCCUCCCAGGGAAGAACAUUGGUCACCACAGUCAUUCGCUAUGAAGGGAACACAGAUGCUUAAAGAAAUUCUAAAAAUUGAUGGCUCUGGUAGUGUGGACCAUAAGAACGAAAUGAAGCAGUUUGGUAAUGAAGUCAUUGUUUCCUGUAAUAGAAGAGAUGAAUAUGGACCUUCCUCACAGCCUAAACAAAAUGAGAAAUUAACAUCUUAUGUGAACAAGCCUCAAAGUGCUAGUGAGUACCAUCAUGUUCGGUCUAUAGACAAUGUAUGCUGGCCUGCUUCAAGCCAGAUCCCUCCUGUGUCCACACCAGUAACUGAACUCUCAAAAAUUUGUUCCCUUAUUGGAAUGCCACAACCAGAUUUCUCCUUUCUUAGAACACCACAGACAAUGAUAGUUUGCCAGGUGAAAUUACCUAAUGGCUUGCUGGUGCAUGGACCACAGUGCCGUUCUGAAGAAGAAGCCAAGGACAAAGCUGCACUUUUUGCUUUACAACAGUUGGGCUCCUUAGGAAUGAAUUUCCCUUUGCCUCCACCGAUAUUUACAAAUUAUCCUCCUGCUGUACCACCUGGAACCAUUCCUCCAGUUUUUCCCCAACCUACUGCUAAUAUAAUGCCUUCAUCAUCUCAUCUCUUUGGCUCAGUGCCAUGGGGAGCACCAGUGCCAGUUUCUGGAAAGCCCUUUCAUCAUACUUCAUAUUCUGGGGCCAUGCCCAUGGCUGGGGGAAUGGCAGGUGGUGUGCACAAUCAAUUCAUACCUCUACAGGUUACUAAAAAAAGGGUUGCAAACAAAAAGAACUUUGAGAAUAAGGAGGCCCAGAGUUCUCAAGCCACCCCACUUCAGACUAGCCAGCCAGGGUCUUCCGAUGUCCCCAAAGUGAUUCCACAGGAGAGUUCAUCAGCUCCCUUCAAGUCCUCUCAGAUUACUCAGCCUGCAUCUUCCUUUCAAGUUGAAGCUGCCUCGCAAGGCCAUAGUAUAUCUCACCAUAAGUCAGCACCCAGCUCUUCUUCAAGAAAAAAAUCAAGAAAACUAGCUGUCAAUUUUGGCAUUUCUAAACCUUCUGAAUAAAUGUGGUACUUGAAGUUAAAUUAAUUUCUUUUCACCCACCUUUUUAUAAAUCCAUAUCUGUGUCUCCUAAAAAAAAAAUAGAAUGUGCUGUUUUAAGAUAAUGUUUCAAUUGGAAAAUUUUAACUUAAGUUGUGGGGCACUUUUCAUGCUGUUUAAAAGACUGUAUAUCAAAUUGUGCAUCUUAAAUAUGUGCAGUUUGCUUUACGUUAAUUAUACCUCAAUAAAGCUAUUUUUUAAAAGACUAAAUUAAAGCUUGUGUGAAAGUAAUACUAGCAGACUAAGCAUUAAAAUGGACCACUCUGACUACCGGCCUUGUUCUAAACUAUGAAUUAGACAUAAUAUUGCAAUAAUAAUAAACAUUUUUACAUGUCAUUGAGGGAUAAUUAAACGGAGCAUGAAAAUUGGGCCCCAGGUAUAAUUUACUGAAUAUGAAUUUCAUUUUUCUUUUUAAUGAUGUAACAAAAUUUUCAGGGGACUGACUCUUAUGUACAUGUAUUUUAACGUAUCUUCUAUUGUCUUUGUGAGUCUCUUAGACCUGCUGUGAACUGAUCACACUGUGUGGUGCUGCCAGUUUUGC